AAGCCAGCAGCGGCUUACCUUAUAAAAACCCCAAACGGGUCUAACCUAAAUCGCCGAUACCAAUCUCUCUCUCUCUCUGGAUUCUCUUUCUCACUCCGCGCAUUUCAAUGGCUUUGCCGGACCAGAAGACUGUUGAUUACCCCAGCUUCAAGCUCGUCAUUGUUGGCGAUGGCGGCACUGGAAAAACAACCUUUGUGAAGAGACAUCUCACUGGUGAAUUUGAAAAGAAAUAUGAACCAACCAUUGGUGUGGAGGUCCACCCACUGGACUUCUUCACAAACUGUGGAAAGAUCAGAUUUUACUGCUGGGACACUGCCGGACAGGAGAAGUUUGGUGGUCUUCGUGAUGGUUACUACAUCCAUGGACAAUGUGCAAUCAUCAUGUUUGACGUUACUGCCCGAUUAACCUACAAAAAUGUUCCUACAUGGCACCGUGAUCUUUGCAGGGUGUGUGAGAAUAUUCCUAUUGUUCUUUGUGGAAACAAGGUUGAUGUAAAAAAUAGGCAGGUUAAGGCAAAGCAGGUCACAUUCCACAGAAAGAAGAAUCUUCAAUACUAUGAGAUAUCUGCAAAGAGUAACUACAACUUUGAGAAACCGUUUCUGUACCUAGCCAGAAAAUUAGCCGGAGAUGCUAACAUUCAUUUUGUGGAGUCUCCUGCACUCGCUCCUCCAGAAGUACACAUUGACUUGGCUGCUCAGCAACAGCAUGAAGCUGAGUUGAUUGCAGCUGCCAGUCAACCUCUGCCAGAUGACGAUGAUGAUGCUUUUGAGUAGAUACAACCUCGAUCCUUUGGUGACACUCUUUUACAUCUCUUUGUUUUCUCUUUUUCCCUCCUAGUAAUAUGCUCUGCUUCAAAGAUCGACAGAAGCCAAUACGGGUGCAGGAUGUGACUGUGGAUAGACUUAAGUUUGGUAGACAUUAAAGCUUCAGUGGAACUAAAAAAUGGUGUUAAUGGUCGUUUUGUCUGAGUUCUGUAUCGAUUAUCAGGCACAUGGCCUCCUCCAUUAAAAGUUUAUUAUGCAGAACUUCUCCAUUAUAUGCUACUCUAUUCGAGUUGAUUAUUUCCUUUUUGAAGAUGAACUCUGUUUAGUAUUCUGGGAAUUCUCUUAUGAUGACGUAGGCAUGGUUCUGCUUCUUAA